UCAUUUGUGAUUGUGUCAAGCCAUCUCGUAUAAAAGGGCACGCACUUCACUACUGCGCCACCUCACUGCCCACUGCGGUUUCGAUUCACCCUCUUUCAUACAGCGUCUCUUUCCCUCUAGAUUUGUUGAAGAGCAUGGGUCGUGGAGUUAGCAGUGGUGGUGGACAGAGUUCCUUGGGCUAUCUUUUUGGUAGUGGAGAGGCUCCAAAACCAGCAGAAACUAAUGCCCCAGCUGAAGAACAGGUUGUAAAUAGCGAGCCUCCUUCAAAGAAACCUGCUCCUCCAGUAGAUGUGAAUAGGCAGGCUCCUGCUGGUAUCCAUAGCAAUAAAGCAGAUGGCCAGAACACUGGCGACUUCAUUACGGACCGACCCUCAACUAAGGUCCAUUCUGCCCCUGGUGGUGGCUCAUCACUGGGUUAUCUCUUUGGCGGACCUAGUGACGGAAAAUAAGCUGUUUCUGAAAAUAUAAACCCUGAAAACAUGAGGAAGAUAUGGUGUAAUAUAGAUUAUGGUUGUUUUGGAUGAGUCAGUUGCAUUGUUCUAAAAGCACAAAACAUCUACAUAAUUGUGCUUGUCAAUGGAUGUUUCAAUUUUCAAAUGCAUAUCUUGCUUUACUUCUGUGCUUAA